ACUCACCCAAAUGGAAAAGCAAAAGUGAGUCUAAGACCGAGUUAGGACCGAUUCUCAAGUGAGUCCACUUUUUGAGCUCUGUCAGCAUUAAUGGUCCACACCACCUUUAGAUCUCUUCUUUCCCAUUCAAUCUCCACCGUCCAUUCACCCACCACAGUUUUACAACAACUCAACCCUAACCAGCAAAACAAAGAACAACAAGAACUCUGAAUCUGAUUCAUACACACACUUUCUUCUCACCAAGAUUUGAUUUGAUUGGAACACUGAUGAGGUUUGUGAAUUAAGAUCCAACUGCCCACUUGGAUUCAAUUGAUUUUGAGCAAAAAAAGUUCGAAUUUUUAAUAUUGAAAUGAUUUUGAGCAUAAAAAGUUUGAAUUUUUAAUACUCAAGUGAUUUUGAGCAUAAAAAGUUUGAAUUUUUAAUAUUCAAGUGAUAAAAAAGUUCUCAUUGCUAGUUGUAGUUGUGGCAGUUGAGAUCUGGAAAUUGAGUAAGAAGUUGAGAAGUUUGUUGAGGGUUAAUUGAUUGGGGUUUCUGAAAUUUGAAAGGGGAGGGAAGGUUAUGGCAAUUUGUGUUUUGUAAUAACUUGAGAGAUUAGUUAGGAAAUUAUGGAAGUGAAUGGAGUUGUACAUGAUGGUGGUGUAGGAGGGGGGAGAAGGGAAAAGAGAGAGGUGGUAGAUAAUAAGUCGUUGGAGGAUUUAACUAAAUAUGCGCAUAGUCCAGCUCAUUUGGCAGUUGCGAGGCGCGACCAUGCUGCAUUGAGGCGGAUUGUUGCUGCUCUGCCUAGGCUUGCUAAGGCUGGUGAGGUGAAUAAUGAAGGUGAGUCGCUUGCUGCUGAGAUUCGAGCGGAUGAGGUAUCGGCUGUUAUUGAUCGUCGUGAUGUACCUGGUAGGGAGACGCCUCUUCACCUUGCGGUGCGUCUUAGGGAUUAUGUUUCUGCUGAGAUUUUGAUGGCUGUUGGUGCGGAUUGGAGUUUACAGAAUGAGAAUGGUUGGAGUGCUUUGCAAGAGGCGGUGUGUACUAGAGAGGAGGCUAUUGCUAUGAUUAUUGCACGGCAUUAUCAGCCUCUGGCUUGGGCUAAAUGGUGUCGUAGGCUUCCGCGCAUUGUUGCUUCGGCGACUCGUAUUCGUGAUUUUUAUAUGGAGAUAACUUUUCAUUUUGAAAGCUCUGUGAUUCCGUUUAUUGGACGCAUAGCCCCUUCUGAUACCUAUCGAAUAUGGAAGCGUGGUUCUAAUCUCCGUGCUGAUAUGACCCUUGCUGGUUUUGAUGGUUUACGCAUCCAACGAUCAGACCAAACAUUUUUGUUCCUUGGAGAGGGUUAUACUUCAGAGGAUGGUAAUUUAACUCUGCCACAUGGUUCUUUGCUUGCUCUUUCGCACAAGGAGAAGGAAGUUACAAAUGCUUUGGAAGGGGCUGGUACACAACCAACAGAAGCUGAAGUUGCCCAUGAAGUCUCCUUGAUGUCUCAGACAAAUAUGUACAGACCAGGUAUUGAUGUUACUCAAGCUGAGCUUAUUCCUCAUUUAUCUUGGAGGCGCCAAGAGAAGACAGAGAUGGUUGGGAAUUGGAAGGCAAAAGUUUAUGACAUGCUUAAUGUGAUGGUGAGUGUGAAAUCAAGGCGGGUUCCAGGUGCUAUGACAGAUGAAGAGCUUUUUGCCGUGGAGGACGGAGAAAGUAUGUUAAAUGGGGAAAACAAUGAUGAAUAUGAUGAUGUACUCACUGCCGAGGAAAGAAUGCAAUUAGAUUCUGCCCUACGAAUGGGGAACUCCGACGCAGCUUGUGAAGAUGAAGAGCAUGGGGUGUUUGAUGGUCAAGAAAACGGCUCAUCAGCUUCCUUUGAGAAUUCUGAAGCCAAUGGCGUGGUUAAAGAGAAGAAGAGCUGGUUUGGUUGGAAUAAGAAAAGUUUGAAGAGCAAAGGUGAUGACCCUGAGGAUUUAAAAACAUCAAAGAAAACUUCAAGGUUUGGCUCAGAAGGUAGCAGCCAGAGGUUAGGUGAUCAACAAAAGUUAGCAUCCGAGUUUCUGAAGGAGGAUAGUGGAGACACUAAGAAGGGAAAGGAUAAAAACGUUAAAAAGAAGAAGAAAGGAGCAGUUAGUGAAUCUAAGAACGAGAGUGAAUAUAAAAAGGGUUUAAGACCUGUCUUGUGGUUAACGCCUGACUUCCCGUUGAAAACUGACGAGCUUCUUCCUCUACUUGACAUCUUGGCUAAUAAGGUUAAGGCUAUUAGAAGACUCAGAGAGCUCUUGACAACUAAGCUUCCUCAUGGUACUUUUCCUGUCAAGGUUGCUAUCCCAAUAGUCCCUACUAUCAGGGUGCUUGUCACUUUUACAAAAUUUGAGGAGCUUCAGCCAGUAGAGGAGUUUUCAACACCACUUUCCAGCCCUGCACAUUUCCAGGAUGCCAAAUCGAAAGAAUCAGAGGGGUCUGCAUCAUGGAUUUCAUGGAUGAAAGGAGGUCGAGGGGGGCAGUCCAGUGACUCCGACAGUCACAGAUAUAAAGAUGAAGCUGAUCCUUUCAGCAUACCCUCAGACUACAAAUGGGUAGACGCCAAUGAAAAGAAACGCCGAAUGAAGGCAAAGAAAGCCAAAAGUAAGAAACAUAAGAAGCCGCCAGUAGCUAAACCUGGAGAUGGAGUGCAUCGCAGCGCCGAGGACAUGGAAGAAUAGUAGUAAUAUUACGGUAUGCAUCUCGACAGAAAGAGUCUUUCUUUAUAAUGCACAGUGCCGCAGCUGACUUUACAUUUCAACAUUGGAGGGGUUCUCUGAGAAUUUGCUAGUGCAACCAAUUGUUAUUAGCUAUUAAAAAGGUUGUUGCCAAGGAAGCUAUCCUCUUCUAGAAAUUGUUGUAUUUGUCAUGUGAAGUAAAAUUGAAGAGCUAUAGUCUUGCUCAUUCUAAUUUUCGUUAGAUACCAAUAUCUGUAUCUACUACACCUAUGUCGAUGAUCAUCGAUUUUAGAUUUUCUUGA